ACACCCCCCACCCCCACCCGCUGAGCAGUUCAGCGCGCCCCGCUCCGCUCAUUUGGAUUCAGUUUGAGAGAGCAAGACGAUGGGAAGCAUGUUACGGACCGUGAUCAUUGCAAGCAACGCAGCAUGAGAGCCACGGUAUCAGCGUUCACAAAGCGUAAGUGGGUGCGUUUAGGCCUGUGCAAGAAUCUCAGAUAAACAAGGAAAUCUGAUAUAGCAUGAAUGCAUCUGGUGGUGAAGGAAAGGAGAGCGGUUACGCGCUGGAUCCAGAGCCAACGACAGGAUGAACUGAGACAUUACGCGCGAGCGGUUGCCACGGGCGAGCGCUGGGUUUGACCUCUGUGGACAUUUCUGGGACACAUAUCGGCGAGGAUGUCUCAAUGAAGAAUGUGACUGAACAUGACUCUCUGCAAACGGGGUGGAUGAAGCCCUCAGCGGUGUCAUGCGUCUUGCCCCGCAGCCCAGCGCGCAACCCUUGCGGCUCAUAGUUCUGCUCCUCCUCCUCGCCACGCACGUGAAUACAUCACCGGUGCUCUCCACGGGCUGCCCGGACAGGUGCGUGUGCGAUGACCAGCUGGUGGUUCAAUGCGCCGGGCAGCACCUGACCACCUUCCCGGUCAACUUGCCGUUGGCCACGCGGCAGCUCAUCAUCUCCAACAACCGAAUCGUGGAGCUGCCACCACUUGCGCUCAACUACCUCUCCGAUUUAGUGUACCUGGACUGCAGCAACAACUCUCUAACCGAGAUAUCCGAGUCCACGUUUGGGAACCUACGGAAGUUGGCCUACCUGGACCUCUCUUUUAACACUUUGACCCGAAUCGAGGACCGGACGUUCGGGCCCUUGACAAGUCUAGUGAUGCUGAGGAUGACGGACAACCCGGGUCUGUCGGAGAUUCACCCGGACGCCUUUGCAGAAAACAUGGCUUUGCAGGUGCUGGAUGUGGGUCGGAACAACCUGACGGUCCUCAAUAUCACGUCCCUGAUCGCGCUGCCCGCCCUGCGCUCCGUGGGGCUCAGUGGGAACCCAUGGAGCUGCGAGUGCGACAACGAGGAUCUGUGCCUGUGGGUCCACCUGGAGGGCUUCAAGUUCCAAGGUUUAAUAUCUUUUAAUCUAAUGCCAGCACAGCAUGACCUUUACUGAUGCUUUCUCAUUAGAUUUAAGCGAGCUGCAGGGAGCCAAUCAAAUACAAGAACUGCUGUGUUCCAGUGAUUAAUAAUUAGAUAAUGCAGGCUUAUGUAAACUUUUGACAUUUUCCUUGCUGCUACCCCUGCAAUGUAAAAGGCUAUAGCCCCCAGAAAAGGAGAUGUUUACGUUUUUUUCUUAUGAGACCAACUUUUUACUAUUUUUUUGUGUAAUAUUCUCAAUUAGGCAUGUAAAGAUAUUCGGAUCCCAUUAUUCUUUCUUGUUACAAAAUUAAACUUGACCGUCAACUGACUUUAAAUACCUUUAAGAUAUCCGCUUAUAAUAAAAAGUGAAAGAAAUUGUUCAAAACCACUGAUUUCUGACAUUUUCAUAGAUCUGAUUAACAUUAGCUACUCUCUUUGUAGUUGUCAUCGCAGAACAUUUAAACAAGAAAAUUGUUGGUUUAGGUGGUAUUGGACUGGUUAGGUCUAAUAAUAAAGUAAUAAAUCAGUAAUAAUCAGUAUUAAAAGCACUCUAGAGGCAGAAACACUGUGUGAAGACGCAUUAUAUAAACAAACAAACAAAGGGAUACAAUGAGUCAGGCCUUUUUUGCCCUCAGCACAUCUGGACCCUCCCUAAUUAUAGCAAAGUUCUUAUUAUAGUUGGCCAUUUGCAAUCACAAAAUUCACUUGAUUACCUGCAUCCUAUAUUUUAUCAAAGAAGUACAUUUGGCUGGACCUACACAGCAUUACUAAUAGAAUCAUAUCAAGAGUCGUGCUUUAUGCAAAGUGUACAGUAAAUGGAGGGCAGCAGCUUUUAAAGGCCACUUAUGUUCCCCCUUUAACAGUGUGUACACUAGGAAUUUCCCAUGGGUAGUGGUUAAAUGGUUCAAGUAUACCUUUAUUUGACUGCAGUUUUACCAGCAGGCAACACGUCAUUAAUGAUUUUAUCAAUUCUGAGAAAAAACAUCAUUCAGUCUGAAAUUAUUUGAAACAAGAGCUUUCUGAACUGCAAAGAUCUGUGAUACUGCCUCAAUUAUUUGGUUCAUUCUUAUCAGCCAAUUUACAGUCAUAUUAACUUUAAAUCAGAUAUUGUUACUUACAAUUUGGUCAAAACUUUAGUGCUUUUUUCUGUUAGUAUUCUUAGCAAAAUAUGACAGCAGUUCCUGUAUAAGGUUUGAGGUUCUUUUAGCCUGUUUUCUUCAAUUUGGUUGAUGUCACCUCCACUCAGCUCUUCUUGUGUUUUAACAUCCCUCACAAAUAUCUGCUUGGUUUUCCCACCCCUCACCUUUAAACAAAUUUACUACUUCUUUAAACUUUACACUUGAAUGUAGACCCAAAGGUCCAUAUCAGCAUAAAAUAACAUAACAAAUAUUGAAUCAAGUAAACAAAUUGCGAGUAAUAUUUAAGAAAUUUACUGUUUUACCCAAACUAUCAGAAAUGAACUUCUUUGCCAUGUUGUCAACAGACAGAUAAGAAUAAGUCAUAUACUUUUCAUAAAUUGAUAUGAUACAACAUGUAAUUUGGUUUUCCUUGACAUCACCCUAGCUGUUCAGAGUUAAUCUGAUGCUGUGGAGUUUUUAUUACUCAGUUUCAAGUAUGAAAACAGGAGAGUGAUUAGAAAACAGCCAGAAAAUAAACAGUUUAAUUUGUUCAGUGCUAUCAUUUGUAUGUAUGACACCACUUCAACUAUUGUAAGAUCUGAAUCAUUGAGUGCUUUAACAGUUGAUGAUACCAGGGUGCCGCACAAAUGAACAUAUCCAAAAAUGUCAAUUAUGUGCAUAUUCUAAAACUGAAACAAAAGGAUUUGGAUGUCAUUGUGAUAAUUUCUGAAAAUGAAUGAAUUAUGGGGGGUUGAAAUGAAAGAAAUUGGAUUUCUUGAUUUAUGUGUUUAUAAAAUGUAUUGGGAAGAUCUUAAGACUAUAUGACUCUUGAAAAUGUACAAAGUUUAAAUUCUAUUGUUCUAAAUGGUAUAUAAAUAGAAAAAUAAGGUCCCAAAAGCCAUACUAUGCAGUUCAUGGAUAUUUGCUCCUCUGGAUGGAUGUUAAACUGUUUGGUCAGUGACAAAAUGUUUUAACCUAAUCCAAUCUAGUCUAACUGAAGUGAAAAAACAAACACUUUAGGGUUGCUAAAAAGGUUAUGAAACGAUUUCUCUUGGGUCUGUCCAGCCUGAUAUGGGACAAAAUUAGCCACUGGGCGUCUGCUUCCCCUCAUUACUAUCAGUCUGUACUUUGAUGAAAAAAAUGAGACCAAAACUUUAAAAACAAUAAAGAUCUUUCACAUUUUUACACAGGGCCCAAGGAGAUUACAUCAUUAACCACCCCAAGGGCCCCACCAUGCCACUUAUUAUUAAUAGUGAUGUAUACUCCCUUACAUUUUUUUUCAAUUAAAUUAGCAUGAACUAGUUAACACAGAGCUACUUGAGCCUUUAGGACUCUUUGCCUUUAAGGAGGGAAUGACUCCGUGUUAACAUCUUUUCCAGCUCAUGCUGUGCUGCCAGAGUUUCUGCUCAAUGUGCUACUUAAAAAUGCCCUGUCAUGUCAACACUGCUAAUAAAUUCACGCAAUCGUCUCGCACUGCUCCGUGAUGUUAGCUUAUAAAUAUUGCGUGGUGCAGAAUACAUUCCUGCAUGUUUCCCAUCAUGCAGCUCUGUGAAGUCUGCAAAGUUCAGGUCCUCUCUCAGCUUUCAGCGUGAUGAGAUGCAGGUGACAGCGGUGCAGCUUGACAGCGCUCAGACUAUCAAAUAACAAAGAGGGUGGAAGAGGAUCGGAGGCAGAUCUGGCGCAGUUUCAUAUGUCUUUCCUCAAACAUGUUCAUCAUUUCAGCUCUUUUUGCAGUUUUGGAGCGAAACAACAAAAUCUUUCAUCCUGAAAAUGAUCGAUUAAUCAAUCCCUGUUUAAUCCAGCCUCAGGGAUAUUGUGCUGCAGAUGUGAUAAAUGGAUCACAGCUGCUCCAUCAAAUAUCGAUCCCUCCCUUUGUUCUAUCACUGCCAGGCUGAUGAAUGUGUCUCAUAUUCAACAAUCUUUCUUACUUUGAGUUAAUGUGCACAUGCUCCAGAGUGGAUGUGUCACUAUGCAAAAGGGCAGCUGCUAUUUAUAGUGUGUCUUACUGAGCAAGAAGCCAGUCAUAACUCCAACACCAUAGUUAUAAUACACCCGCCACACUUCCUGAAAAAGGCAUCCUUUGCUCCUCUCUCCCACACAUACACUCACAUAUGCAUACAUGCGAUAGUAAACCAUUGUCCCUGUGCAGCUUAGGCCAAAUCCAGAACAAGUCCUGCUAGAGCUGUCCUAUUUUCCUGUUGCUUUGUCUAGUUUAAUUUGGAGAGGAGCCUCCUUCAGUGACAGCUGCCAGCAAGGGAGAAGGCGGACACAUAGAUACACUCACACUCUACCUCUGUUAUGUGUACACACAGUCUGUCCAUCUUCUCCUAGCAGACAGCACAGGAAAUACCUCACUCUAAACUUCUGCUGUAGUUCAAAGCACGAUAAAAGUCACCAAGUAAUCACAGCCACAAGUUUUCUCCGAUGUCAGGCUCUGGUUUGGAAGCUCAUAAAAUGUUUUAGUGUCGUUCUGCUGUGCACCAGGUUGGAAAUCACAUAGAUGUCAGCAUUUCAUGGAUAGUUAAAAAGAGGGGGGGGGGGGCAUGGUGCCUUAUUUAGAGGUGAAAGAACACAUCUGACACCCUGUGGCUAAAAGCAAAAAACAGCUAGAGUUAACGGUAGCAUUCACUUACUACCAGCUAGCAUAAGUGUUUGGUAGCCUGUAAAAUGAUUAAAUGUUGUUUGACUAAGUCAGGCGACACCUUUAAACAGGAUUUGAGUUAACUACCCCGGGGGUUGACAGCAAAGGAAAGUGGCUGCUGUGUGAAUAUUGUGAAUUUGCACGCUCACAUUUUUACCGCUCAGUUCAUUUACUUGAAUUGCAAAGAGCUCAUCCUCAACAUUAAUCAUAAAUUCUAUGACUUUAUUUCAGUCAGCUGCAGUGGUUUAGAUGGUCACAAUUAAAACAUAAACUGCAACACAUGACAAAUAAUACAGGGUGACAGAGAGCACUGUAUCAGGAACACAUGCACUCGUAUAAUAUAACUCACCAGAAUGUGGUGGUCUAUUAAAAAACAAGCUUAUAAACUGCUGUUUGAGGUGUUGGGUAGUUUUUGCAGAUGAUUUGACUUUAAAGCGGCAGAUGGAAAUGAAGCUCUUAAUGUCGCACAGAAAGCUCUCGCCUCAGAAGCUGUGUGACAAAAGGAUAAAGAGCAAUCUUUUAAUGGGGAUAUUCAUGAGGAUAUUUUAUAGAGUUCUCCAAGUAAAAGAUAACAACGUGAUGUAAUUUCAAACCUCGCACACAAGAAAAAUCAAGAACAAUGUCAAAUUCUUAAAGCUCUGAAUGUGAUGCUCCCAAAGUUCCCCACGGUGAUGAUGCUGGUUAGAGUUAUAACCCUGAAUUUUUUAAGGUUUGUGUCCUAGGCGGGCCCCCCUAACAUCUGAUACCAAUAGACACAGGAAAAGAUCACAGCAUGCAUAAAGACCUGAGCUGCAUCCAAACAAACAAAGACAGUCUGUCACAGUUGUUUCCCUACAUGUUUCUCAUAAUUAGUUUUUCAAACCUUUAUAAUGUCAAGUCGUGAACUCAACAUCUAUGGCAGUCUUAACUAAUUCACAUUAACUGACUCAUGCAAUUAACUUGUUUAAACACACAGUUAGUGCUUGAGAUGAAGGAGCAGAUGACAACAUUUUACAGUUGACUGUGUUUUGGGCUGCGAGCACUGUCUCGGAAACCUUGUUAUCUCACGUCUGGGUCUCACCUGGUUCAUGCAACAUGGCUACGCUUGUCUCCUUGGUUUAGGAAAUGCAUCAAUAGCGAGCGAGUGGGCAAGGAAGAAAAAAAGAGAGAGAAAAAGCUCCAGGAAGGAACCAACAGAUUCUCCUCUGUCUCGCCUUCCUGGCUAGAUUAGCACUCUCCCUCAGCUGUUAUAUAAGGAGAACGUCUAGAAAUAGAGCAGUGUGGAUGGGGGAAGGAGGGAGGGAAAGCCCUCGUCUUUGAUGCGAGUCCCCUUGGGGGGAGGAGGAGGGGGGAUGGGGGUGAUGCCAGAAGGGUUUCCUCCCUGGCUGUUAGGCACACGCAUAAACCCUCACGUACACGUGCAUACACAUAAGCAAGCGCUGCAAGGGCAGAGAUAGAGGAUGGGAAAGUUAAGUCUUGUGGAGGGUGUUGUGCAUGUUAAGAGCGAGUGUGCAUGUGUGUACAUGUGUGUGCAUGCAUGGAUAGUUUUGUUUGUUAUAGCUGGAGUGUAACAGCAUAUUGUGUGAAGAGUGCACAGCAGCAGCCUUUGAGAGGAUCAGAGUACGCUUUGAAUUCUCUGUGCUGGAUGGAGCUGAGCGUCCUCGUGUUUUUCAGCUGCACGCUCGUUUUCAGAUCUGUCAGCCGCAGAAGAGCUACUCUGAGGAUAAGGAAGGAGGGAUUUGUUCACUGAGUGAACAAAAUAUCAGGGAAACUCACUCUUCUUCUGUCAUGCUACGAAAUUAAUUUGUCAAGUUUUUUUUUGAUUGAAAGCUGCAGUAUGAUCCCUCUAAACCUCUAUCAAAUCACACCUCCCACCAGCCUGAGUCAGUCAUAACACCUUUAUUUGUUGCUACCAAGACAGCAUGGAAAGUAGUUAGCAAGCUAGCACAGAAGUUGAAAUGGUGAGCAAAAUAUGGAGGUUUGAAUGAUGAGCUUGGAGAGGGUUAUAAUCAGGGUGAUUAUCCAAAGGAAAUGUAUGAGUGGUUGAAAUGUACCCGAAAUAAAUGCCUUUCAAAGUGUAAUUUUUUGCCAAAAAUAACAGAUCAAUGGUUUUAAUUUGAAAAAACUUGAGGUAAUUAUUCAGAAUGGGCAAAGUAGAGAGGUUAAUCGAGUUACAAAUGAUGGACAUAUGGUUAAAAUACUAAAAGAUAGAUUCAUUUAACCCUAAACAAAACAAAACAAAAAAAACUAAAUUUGCGAAGAUUUUGCCUCAAACACUUGAUCUGAGCCAUGUUGACCUGACAAUUUUGAACCUUAUAUCAACACAUGAUAUAUAGAAUAUUAUUGUCAUUGUGACAAGCACAAUGAAAUUUUAAAAAAAAAUUAAAAAGGGGGGAAAAAAUGACAUAACUGAUUGCACUUAGUUAAGAAUUUAAGCUGUUUUGACAAGUGUUUUGAAAAAUGUUUAACAUAUCGUUUUCAAGAACAUUUGUUUGCUGCAUUGGCAUCCUCUAUUUAGCUUUGACUCCAUGCCAUAGCUACGCCAUUAUAGCCUGUGCUGUUGUGAGCACUACAUACUUUAACACUGGCAUGUCUGCUCUGCUGUGAUGCUUUGCCCAAACGUCUCUUGGCAUUGUGAUUGAUGUUUGCCGUAUCCCAAUUUUUUUGGUCCUGCAAUACUCUGCUUGUUUGUGAACAAGAAACCAUGGCCACUCUUAGCUUAUUAUCUGAGGAUGUUGUGAUAGUUGGAGUUGAUAAAUGUUGAGCAGCCUCUCUAGCAAAGAAGAGAGGGAAGGUCAGAGGAAAUGGCGUGAAUGCAGGAGAUCUGAUCCUAUCCAGCAGCAGACAAAUCACAGGGUUGCAGUCUGUGCUGUUUUGACAUCUUGCUACCCUUAUAAGAAGGUGCACAUCAGGCUUUAUGUGUCAGCUCUCGCAAAGGUACAGAGCUUUCCAUGCCCACUGUGUAAUGUUAUAGCACAUAAUGUCUUUACUUAAUACAAACAAUUAAGUCCCUAGAUCUUUGCUUGUAAUUUCUAUACAAGAUUAAUAUCUAUAUCACAUUAUGUGCAAUACUUUCACUUAUAACUAGCAUCAGAUUUUAUAUUUUGUUGUCUGAUAGGAAGCAGUCAGUGAUAAAGUUAAUUGGGUCAAAUUAGGAGAUAAUUAACUUCAAUAAUCAGAGAGAAUUACUGUAGAAGUUAGCUUAAAUUAACAUAGAUCAAUUUAUGACACAAGCUAAAGAAAAACAUAAACAGCUGAAAGAUGAAGCUAAUGUCUAAAAGAUUAUAUAUUGUCUCAAGUGAAAGCUUAAACAGUAUAAAUGAAAAACAGAUUAAAGGAGAUAUUGUGCUAUUUAGAUGCCUCUGCUGUCGUAUACAUGAAAUAGACUUUAUUCACUUCUGGAUUACAAGCACCAAACGUUUUAAAGAUGAGCAAAAACACAAUAUCCCACGUGUAACACCAUAGCAGUAACAAUGAAUUAUUCAUGAGAGACUUCUAUGAUAGUAGAAACAAUACUAUACAAGUACUGUGUGAUCCUCCCCCAAGGUUUCUUGCAGACUGUCUCUGUGCACAAAGUCCAUGUUUUUCCCCAAGUUCAUUAAGACUAACUCACACAGUGUUUUCACUCACAGAUAUGCCACCAAAAAUGAAAAAGUGUAUUUUGAAGCUGUCGCAGGGUUACAGAAAACUGUUCUCUGAGCAAAAAACUUGAAGCCUUUUGAUCUCCCCCAGUGAGAAGGCCCCCUCAGCAUGAAACCUCUGAAAACACAGAAGCCAAUUAAAACAUUGGCAGUAUGGAGACGGAAACACAGUUGUUGUGUUUCUGCUCGUAGCUCUGACAGACUCAACCAGGCUUCAGGAUCAUUUUUGAGAAAAAUGCCUCUCUUGUCAGCUGCCGCCAAGCUCAACAGCCGUCAUGUGGCGUAUUUAAUUUUGACUGAUAGGCCUUUUAAAAAUGUAUCCAUCCAGUGUGCUUUUCAGAAAGAGAGGGGACUCUACCUUUUUAUUCGGAUUUGAGGAUUUCAGUCAGGUCUUAGUUGUAGUGAUAUCCCUCGCCUGAUGGUGAGAACCUUAUUAUCUGGUUUCAGACAGACACAAAGGCCCGAGUCACUCUCUAAUCCUGUGGGGGUGAAAGAUUUUGAAUAAUUCAUCCAUGAAUUCCCUUUUUUUGUCUGUUAUUUGAUGCUACAUCAACUUAAAACUGUAGUACACAGGAAGCUCCUGAAGCACGGCAGAUUGCAGCCUCACAAACAGGGAACAUGGUUAUGCAAGAGCAGUUCUCUGUCUGUAAGCCUGUGAACCUGAAUACAUUACGAUAUCUUCAGCUCAGUUUGCAGCAAUUUAAAAAUGUACAAAAGUAAUGUGCUUGAAAUAUUAAACAGGCUGCUCUCUUUAAUAGCUUAUGUAAAAUAUUUUCCUGAAGCUAAGCCACUUUUUAUGCCUCUCAGACAUCAAAGGAUCCUUUAAAUCAUUUGAUGAUUAUAUGCCAAGGCUUCCUAUCCGUUUGCUGUUUGUAAAUAAAGUAACUUGAAGCAGAUCAGGGGCUAAAUGCACUGACAGUGUUUUUUACUAAGCCGCCUUCUUAUUCUGAGUGACUGUUCCCAACAUUAAUACAUUAUGCUCCUACAAAGUUCAAUGGUUUUUGUCAUUUCACUUGCAGUAUUUCAGUGUUUGUGAUCUGGAAAGGGUUUUAUUUUCACUCAUUGGAGCUGGGUGGGGCUCAGUUGAGACAAGCUGAUGUUAUGUGUUUCAGUGGAUGAAUUGAGGUUUUUCUAUUUGAUUGAGAUGGUGAGCUACAGUCACCAGGACCCCUUAAAAACCAAAGGUUUUUUGUGAGAUGGGCUGGGACUCAGCAAGCGCCACAUCUGUCUCAAUAAAGCUUUACUGCCUUAAGAGACCUCUGCAUGACCCUGUGAGAGCCAGACACAAUACUGAAGCAUUAUUUAAGCUGAAACCAUAGCUGUUUUCUAAACCUUACUAUUAAUUCAAGAUAGUCUGAGCCAAAUUUCAUCCUAACCAACUACAGAUGUUAGUUAAGUUUAGUUCAGGCACCCAGACUACAUGAUUAAGUCAAGCAAUGAUAGUAUUUGGGUAAAAUAGUAGUAUUAUGGUGUACUAAUAUUAUGUAAUUUUAUAGCUGUGAUGCCAAAAUACAGAACACCCCUCAAUCUGAGUAGGUUUAAUUUGUGAGAUAGAAUUUGGACUUUUUAAAUGUUAGAUAUAAAGUAGCAGGACCAUAGACUGUAUACACUAUGGACAACGUGGCUCCGCCCUCUGUCAUUAUAUGUAUUUAAAGCUGAAUUGCUCUCAGCUACCAUUUGUGCAGUAGCAUUGUAUGCAUUCGGCAGGAGAGUCGCUGUGAUGACACUCGGCUCAAACAGUGUAUCCUUGUGUGAGCUACACAAUCUCCGUACAUCCAUAGGCUGUAUCAAGUGUCAAUCAUAGAAAACAUGAACCCCUUAAAAAAAAUUAAAAUGGGGCUGCACAGAAAAAAAGAGGACUUGAGCACAAACCAAUCUUACAGUAACUACAUGUCAAUAUUGCAACCAUGGGGGAGAAAAAUGUAUAGUCUGUGUAAUUAAUUUCUAAAGUUGGUCAACAAUGCCAUAGGGAUUGCGGGAUUUAUGACCUAUACUGCAGCUCCUCACCAGAAGGCGCUGUUCUCGCGGUGGCAUUACCCAGCAAGGAGGCAGACGGUGUCCAUUCUAUCUACCAAAAACCUACACUAUAUAUAUAUAUAUAUAUAUAUAUAUAUAUAUAUAUAUAUAUAUAUAUAUAUAUAUAUAUAUAUAUAUAUAUAUAUAUAUUAUAUGACUAUUUACUAUUUACAUUGUAGAUUAUCACUGCAUUAUCACGACUACAUAAAACAUAGUAAAUUUAUGUUUUUUUUAGUAGUUUAGCUAAACUCAGAAGUGCUAAAAAAAAAACAUUAAUAAGAAGUGUACAUCUAGCAGAGUGUAUGAAGUAGAAAGAGAGCCUCCAGAUGAAAUAUUGUGUUUAAAGGAGUUUAUUUAGCCAGCAGUAUCAAUUAAAGACCCAGUGAAGCAGAUCGGCUCUCUCUGGGAAUUUAACUCCAAAUAAACAGUCAUUAAAGGUGAAAUUAUUUUCUCUAACUUUUCCCCUAACACCUAUUUUUUGCUUAUUUGGACUUAAAUAUUUAAUGAUAUAGAAAAUUAAUACAGAUGAUUAAUAAUGCAUUGCUCUCCUGCUGGUUAAAUUUAAUCCGAUAUUUUAUAAGAAGAGACCUCAUGCAGUUUUGCUAAGGUCUAAGACACAGACAGUAUUCAUGUCUUCGGGUUGGUGUCAUCAAGAAUUGCAAAUUACAGAUGCAAAUGUAGCAGUUUGCUGAAUCCAGGGUUAUUUCCAAGGAAUUAGAGUGCUCGCUAUCUGAGCUCAACGAUGCAGAAGCUAUGCGUCAUAUCAGGGUAAUUAGAUGAACUCUUUUUGGCAUCACUCCACUGAGUAGCUUUAACAGGCUCUGUCUUAAUCUCCUCUUCUUUAUUAUACGUCUAUAGUUGGCCACACGACUGCUGAGACAGGCUCCAUCAGGCUUGAUUCAGGUUGAGCCAGUUACAGCUUUUUGUCUAAUAUGGGGGUUGUAGGAAUCAAUGGGGCAUUCUUGUAUACAAAAAUAGUUUGUUGCUGCUGAUGUAAAACUUUCUAAAGCCACUGUGGAAUCAGUAGUUUAGAUGGUGUAAAACAUGGACAUGGUCUUGAUAGCAUCACUCAUAUGGUAGUUGCCGUAAUGGAAAUGCUGACUGCUCAACUCAUCCACCUGUCAGAAAUAUCUCAAUCAAAGCAGCGUAAUUAUGCAUAACUCUUAGCCUUGAUUAAAAUAAAUCAGUCAGGAAGAAAUAACCCUCUGUACGGUUGACACAGCUGACAGAGAUGAGGUUAAAACCAAAAUAACUUUUUUCAUAUGGGCUGUGAUAAUUUUUAUUUCUGCUGUAAAACUGGGAAUUUUAAUAUGGACUCCAAUGGGGGUUGACUCAUUAAAGGAAGCGGCCCCAAGUGGACAGUCAAAGGAACUACAGUGUUUUGUAUUUAUUCAUUGGCUUUAUUUCAAGGGUAAAAGAGGUGAAAUGUUUCAGAGUCAGUGCUGGGAUUAGUAGCCUACGUUUUUAAUUAUCUGGCUACAUGAUGCAAACCUUAGCAAUAGUUUGACAUUGGCAUGAAUGACUAGCCUAGCAGCCUGCCUGUGUCACAGGUUUUAUUGCUCUCAUUGAAAUUUUGGUCUGAGCCUUAACAGUCCGAUACUGUUUUGCAUUUACACCUAACAGGCCACACCAUCAUCCAGAUUAGAUGACACAUUUUGCAGUGCUGCACUUUACAUUACAGCUCUGCACAUGAUGAUGCGUUGUUUUAUUUUCUCCUGUAUCCUUUGAUUACUUCUCUGUGUUUCUGUAUGACAGAUGAGGGCCAGACUGUGUGUGGCUCACCUGCUGACAUGCAAGGCCGGCGUCUGGGCGAGGUUGGCAUCCAGCUACGGACGUUAUGUCACCAGACUCUGGGCUCCUGGGACUACCUUUUCUUUGUUGUCAUCGGCUUUGUCAUCUUCGCUGCUGGCACAGUUUCGGCCUGGGUGAUGGGCGUCAUUAUGGUGCUCUAUGAGCGCUACAUCAAGAAGAAGGAUGAACAGCUGGAUGCAGAUGACGAAGAGGAAGCUGUUGAGACGGGUCGCAGCUCACGUGCCAGGAGUGACCACGGCAAUGGAAAUUUGAAAACGUCACAUACUGUUUGAAAGAUUUAUUCAUCCUCUGCACGCCAUGGAUUCCUACAGUGCCUCCUGUCAACUUCCAGGACUGUCUGUGAAGUCCAAUCACACUCCUGUCACACUGAGUCUGUUUAACGGGCUCAACACUGAGGGGGGAAGGAUUCAACAGAGAUGAGGCAUGUCAUUCCUCUGAUUUAAAAUGUGCUUUAAGGUGAGCUAACACAUGCUUGGGCUGCCAUUGUCGAGGUCCUCAGCCCUUUCUGAUCAUGUAUGCAAAUGUAUGACUUUGAUUUAUGGUCUUUAUUUUUGUAAAAUCUGACACAGAUGAGCUCAUAAAGGUUGUCAAAGAAGCCUGUAAACUAAGAUGGCAAAAGUGUGAGUCUAAAUAUAAAAUAAUAGUUUAAUGGUUAGCACCAGAAGAUGAGCAUAUGCUUGUUUUACUUUGUGUACCAUCACCAAUGGUUUCCACCAGUUAUAAUAAAAAUAUUGUCCCAUGUUCUCUACCUGCUGGCCCUGUUGCUAGAAUAAAAGAAGAAGAUUUAUACCCCUUUAAUGUCUGUCUGUUAGCUUAGAUUAGCAUGAAAACUGGAAACCAUUAAAUGGCCGUUAAAAGUUGAUGAAAUCCAUCUACCAGCACCUUUCAAGGUCGUUACUCAAUGUUAUUGGUCAUCUGCCUCAAGCAGCAACUUAUCAGAUUCUCUCUCCAUCAAUAAGUGACUGCUCAUAGCUGAGGUACAGUAUGACAGAUAACCUCCCAAUGGACUAGCAAACUGUACUUUCAGCCCUUCGGUUCCUGCACACAUCAUAUAAAAGAGAGAUAUGCCAGUGAGUUUAAGGGUACUUGAAUGCAAAUUUAGUUCCUUUUAGUAAGGCAAGGCUGUAACCUCUUGUUGCCAGUCUUCAUGCUAUGCUGGGCUAAUGUGCUGAAAGCCUGAGCUUAUGGCAGUAGAAUCUAUCCUUUUGUCUGGAGCUAGGAAGAUGAAGUCCAGUCUUGACCAACAAAGGAGCAUCAGCCCAUUCAAGCAUGAUAGAACUGAUUGUUUUCCUUAGGACUUGCCAGGAAAUGAAAAAAAAAAAAGGUUGUUUUUGAUGAAAUUUUUUAGUAAAUUUUUUUUCACAACUACAACUUAAGCAUUCAUUACAAGGCUCAAUUGCAGCCCUUUUCUACUUCCAAGAAAUACACAUGCUUGGUCAGUUGCCCAGUGCCCCCAAAUAUGACAUCGUUGGUACCCCUCCAGUUUGUUUUUUCCAAUAUUGCUUUCUUUAAGAAAAUCACUUUUUGGCGCAAAGAAAACAAAACAAAGAACAAAAAACAUGUCUUUUAGGAACUUAACAUUCAGUUGAAACCACAAUAAAAAGUUUUUGACCGGUUGUAAGAAAGACUGGAUUUGUUAGUGUUGUCCCUAUGGCACACAAAUGAAACUAGGCAACAUGAGAAUUUCUCUCUUUUUAAAAAAAAUGUCAGAAACCAACUGAAUUAGUAAUAAAUCAAACUUCUCAUAUCUGACUAACAAACCUAGAUAAAGCGGUCAUGGAUCAAUUUUCCACUGGGAGUGUGCCCUGUAGUAUAUAAAGCUGGUCUUAGCAUUCUAUAAAUGCUCCAGAGUUUUCACACUGGGCUUUGACCCAGAAGCUGAACAGCAAAACUGUGUUUCUUGGAAGCUGAAUAGUGAAGAAAACUUGACAGGAAAGGAAAUAAAAAGACGAAGCUUUGGUGAUGUACGUUGAAAGAUUAAGAGCUGUAAAAGUGAUAUUUUAAUCAUUUGACGUACACCCUGUUAGCCUCUUGCCAAUGCAUGUAGUUCAGCUAGUAAAUGGCCCAGUGGUGAUGAGCAGAAAAGGGGCGUGUCCUCAUUCACUGUACUGUUUGCUGACACGCUUCUGUCAAUAAUUCGAUUCUGUUCUGGUGUUUGUAAGCUGGGACAAGGACAGUAUUCUAGUUAAAUUGCCUAAUCAAGCUAUUACCUUCACUAUGAGUAAAUGAUGGAUUCUGCUGUUUCAUAGCAAACAUCAUUUUAAGAAUUUAACCAAAUGUGUUUAUAUUGCAUUUGUUACAUUUUCCCAGACUUGACAUGCUUUCUUUCCUGACUUAGAGGUACAUAUUUCACACAUUCUUGAACACAGAGCUGCAAAUGCCAAAACAGCAGCAGAGUGGUACCCAGAUCUUCAUAUUUUAAAGCUUCGAGGCACAGACCAAGCUGUCAUUCUUAAUGAGAUGGAAGUGAAAAAGUGUUGCCAGUAGACACGAUUGUCCAUUAGGUUGUGACCAAUCAGGUGUUCCACUAAAAUUAGAGAUGAGAGGAAAAAUUAGAGGAGAGUCAAAGACAGAAACCCAAGGCUAUGUUUGCACUGAACCAAUUUGGGUCAUUGACAGAAAAGCAUUUUUGUCUGUAUCUUACCUUUUAAGAAGAUGGAUUGCUAUAGAUAUUGCCUUUUCAAACAUGAAUUUAUUUCUAUUCUUUUCUUAAAUAGCAUUAUUUGCGCGCAAAUCAUUGAACUGUGGACCUCCAUAAUGGCAGGGUUAGAUAAAGUGUUGCAGUCAGUCUUCUGAAGGAAAGAAAAAGACACAUUUAUACAGUGCACUCAUGUCAGUGUAGGUGAAUUAAUGUGUGCACAUGUGUGUUCACUUGGGAGUGUAUAUGCACCUGUAUGUUCAGCUCUCCAUCUGUUAUCCCAGUAAAAACUGCAGUCCAGUUUUUUGUGUUGAGGAUCUAUUUGUGAAGUUGAGAGCCGGUUGCUGAGGACUGUUUUGGCAGCAGGCCCUGCAGGAUGACAAGUAAACAGGAGAGUGUGGUAAUUGAUUUCUACUUCAUCCUGUCGUUGUUUGGUUUGAGUGCAGUGUCCUCUCUUUUUCUGCAUGCACUGUUGAUGCACCAAAAAGCCUUAUGUAGUCUGGACAAGUGUUGAUCAACGAAUUAAAAGAUGAGUCUACACAAGAUCCUACAAAACCAUUUGAGACUAAUUAUUGAAAAUUCCCAUGCAUCUACAGUUUUACCUAGUGGGCUUUAAUUUUCCCUUUUGGAUUCAGUGAAUUUGUUCUUUUUGCUAUAAUCUUUCAAAGCAAUAAGAGAGCUCUUGUGUAAAAUAUCAUCCAUUACUUUUUUAAAGGUUUUUAUAUGUCCCAGUAUAGAUAUAAGUGUCUGGCUGUUCCUCUUUGUUGGCUUUGACUGUUAUGUGCUUUGACAGAUCUGGGGAUUAAAAAGCAUUCUAGUUGGGUAAGGUACAUUAUUAGAAAGCUUCUCCAACAUGCUAUCCUUUAUGUGUAUACAGUAUAAAUGUUGAGUCUGAACCAAAUUCAAGGGACAUUGUUUUUUCCCCAUCUAAGUAAUGAGAAUUUUAGUUUGCGCAGGUUUUAUUUUGAAGGUUACAGAAAACUGUGUAACGAUAUCUUGAAAGUGUAUCAGUGAGACAAAAUAGAGCAUUUUCCCGGAAGAUAUUUUGACAUCACAGUGAGGAAAGCACAGGCAAAGAUUAUUGGAUCAAUGAUGGCUGAAUUCAUUUAGCAGAGUUAGGAGAGCAGAGUUGAUAAAUCAGCUUUUUCUACAAUCAAAAAUUUAAAUUCACAUGAUGAAAACGUGAAAAUUUGGGAUAUUGCAAGUUUUGAUCACUGAUUCUUUGGCUGUUCAAUUGCUGAGAAACUCUAAGGUUCCUAGAAGUGAGAAAAGUUGUGUUUCCACCAAAUGUUGUCGUGAUUGCUUAGUUUUCUAGCCUGUUGGAACAGUUGAGUGAUUAAUCUGCACUCUGACUCUUAACAAUGUGUUGUUUCUCUCUUUAAUGUGCUCCACAGCACUACUGAAACCUUUCUUCACACAUUUUCUGGCACUUGUGUGUGCAUAUUGUUGGUACCCGUCCAAAAUGAACAACAACCACAAAGUUAUUCUUUUAGCUGAAAACCGAACAAUUCUAGCUCUAAUUUUAGUGUUCAGGUUUCGAGGGCAGGGUCCUGUAGAUUCAAUAUGUUUGCUUUGCAAAAUCUCUAUUAUGAGUUGAAGUGGUUAGAGAAAAUGCCAAAGAAAAGAACUGUGACAUUUAUGUUGUUGCACCACUAACAUAAGUUCCUGAGGAGGACUGGUCCGUCUGUGUAUUGUUUGCACUCCUUCAUCAUAUAAGGAGGUGAUCUAAUAACCUAAACAUACUAACUGGCAUGGCAUACAUUGUUGAUGCCCAAACUAUGACCUGAGUACUGUACCUGUAAUUUGCCUACUAAAGCAUUAUGCAGAGAAACCCCUGAACAUUUGAACCCUUGUUUGCUCUCAUUGCUUUGGUUAUAAUAUUUGCAUGAGGUCUUUCAGUAUGUAUUGCAUAAUCUGCAUGUCUAUAAGGGUCUGUGAAACACAAACUCAUUUACAUUAAUUCUAGCAUACAGUGGUUUACACUGUGCAAUCUAGGUGCACAGAUUAGCCCAUGUGAUGCUACAGGCAAGGGUGAGAGUGCAGCUUGGAAAUAGGCCAGCUUGUUGUUCUAAUUCAAGCCAGCACAGUGACACAGAUGAAAUGCUAAGAAAUACCCACAUGUUGUUCUUUUUUUAAUAAUCAUGUACAUACUUGCUAUUCCUGUGCACAGCUCACAAAGCAAACACCAGGCUCUGAAAACCCUCAGUAUUGACAGUUUUUCGCUCCAUGUGGGCACUUGGAGGUACUUUAUAGAAGCUGAAUACUCAGAGCUUCAAUAACAUACUAAGUGGAUGAGCUGAAAUUCAAUAUUAUGCACUUUUUUACACCCCCACACUGCAAACUCAGACCAUAUUUAGAGGCACAUGUAUGCAUGUGCUCUGACACACGGAAAAAAAGCAUCAGUUCUCUCUCCAUCAUCGACUCCAACACAGAUAACCUCUGAGAAUAAUGUGCUGUAUAAAAGCUUAAAAGGAGAGCUCUUCUCUUGCUGAUGCUGUGCUACUGACUCAACCCAGAGCAGCAUCUUCCCACAUCAUUGAAUCAACAGGAUCUCAUAUCUAAGAGAGUUAUAUUUGGAUAAGUGUCCCCCUAAGUUUUCUUGACAAAGAAAAUACCUGAUAAGAUUGAUGUUUUACAUGCCUGUCUUUUGAUUAUGGUGGACAGCAGUUAGCUUUGCUUAGCAAAACAACUGGAAACAGGGAAGCACUUAGCCUUUCUUUUCUCCGGGGUGAAAAAAAAAACCAUACCUACCAGCAUCUCUCUACCAGUUGUCUCAUUGCUGACCCUUUCCUGGGGGCAUUAACUUUCGAAGAGUAUACAUUUUCUCAAUCCAACUCUACUUAAGAAAGCAACUAAGCAUAUUUUCACAAAUGCCUAACUAUUGCUUCUAAUUGAACAUUAAUGUAGUUGAGAUAGUUCAACAAUUGAAGCUUCUCUGCACUCAAAAAUGGGACUUUUCCAUCAUAAACCAAUCAAACUUAUGUCGGCCAGGAUCUCUGACUCCACCUGUAUCAGCUAUAACGGUGUAGGUCUGUAAGGGAAACUCAGCACACUUGUUUUUGUAGGUACAAUUUUUAGAUCUAGAGCUGCUCCCAAUGUUACAGCAUCACUUCUUAUCACUUAUUUGUAUAUUUUCUUUGUAAAAAUGCCCCUAAAUAAAGGCGAAAUGAAGCAUACAGAGCACAUUCAAUCAUCCUCCACAGUCACUACUAUGGGAAACUGACCUGUCCUGGGACUACAUGUGUAACCUAGCAACAGUGAGUGCCAGUGAGAGGCACCUUACAAUUGUGGAGUUGGGUGCUGCUAGUGCAAAAAAAGUAAACAAAAGCCAGACGUGAGGCUUACUCAUAUUUAUCUUUCCCAGUAAGAUUAUCCCAAAUGAAAAAUAAAGCAGUGAUUAGUUUCAAUAAAAGGGAAAAAAAAGGCCCGAUUGCAUGUAUAAUACAAUUUGUCUCUCACUUUUUUUUCCAUGAACUGUAAAAGGAAAACAUGGUCUUUUAUUGUUAAAGGACAAACCUGGACAAAGUCAGGUUUUAGCUUUGUUGCUAUAGUAGGUGCCCCAUGUCCAGUGCAAUUAUGGCUCAUGGGGUUAAUUCCUGCUCCCAACAUGAUAUAGUGCAUACUUUUCCCUCUAUCGCUCCAGUAGUCUUGUCAAAGACAAAAGGGAUUAUAAUAACAACAACAACAACAACAACAACAACAAAAUCGUAGCUGACCUGUUGUAAAUUCUGCUAAGCUAAGCUAACAGACUUAUAUUUGCAUUUCCCUGAAUUUUGAAAUUUUAAUUUUUUUUGAACACCAUAAUUUAAUUGCAGGACAAAAAAGUUUAUUUGUGCUCUGAAUUUUAAAAGAAAGAUGUUUAAAUGUGCUAACACCACUCCAAGUCUGAUGCUAGGCUAACAGGCUGCAGCUGUAGUGUUUGGCUUAGAGACAACAGAGUAGUAAUAAUGUCCUUAUGUAACGUUUGACAAAAAGCAGAUAAGGUCAAGUCCCCUGAUUCAUUUUAGCUGAAUAAACUAAUUAGUACUAAUUAGUAUGAUAUCAUUGUGUUUGUGAUGGAUUUUUCCCCCAUUUAUUCAAACAUUCAUCAGUCUGGCUGAGGUGUAGUUGACAGGAUGCACCUCAGGACAGAAAUGCACUCAGCUGUUUGUGGUCACAUCAAUAGCACAGCUGUGACUCAAAGUCAGUUCAGUGAAUAGACAAGGAAAUGCAUCUCACUCAGAGAUGUACGCAGAUGCUCCUGCAGGGCUUGUUCUCGGCCUCUGGUGUUAUAACCCGUGUUCUUUGCACCAUUGUGUGCAUCCACUGAGCUGAAGGCUAACUGGCCACUGCAAAACGCCUGCAGAUGGUCUAUGUGACAUCAAGUAAGAGCGGCUCUAACCGACCGUAAUAGCCCCCUGACACAUCUACUUACAAAUACCCUCACUCAUACACAAACACAGAGAAAACAGGAAGAAAAUCCUUUAGUCAUGGCGCAGUGGGAUGGCUUACACCAAAGUUAGAAAUGAGGAUAUAUUCAAGAGUGCUGCUGCUCAGGAGCUUUGAGACCAUUUCCAGUUAUUUCCACCAAAUUACGUCAUUAGUCACUGCCACAUAGGGUGACAGCAAAAAAAGUUCUCCGCCAAAUCCAACCGCCCAUACUGCUGAAGUACUGCUAAGCUAGUAAAUACAGAAACUGCUGCAACUUAUAUUAAGUCAAAUAUUUAUCUAAGUUUACAGUUGUAAAAAUACAAGGUGUUCAAUGAGUUUUGUACUUUCUCUUGCUUGAAAUAUAGUCAUUUCUUCCAUUUUUGACCACACGAGCACAAAAAGAGGGACAGAGAUAAUCAAAAAUGUCUGGUUUCAGAUUGACUUUAUUCCUUUUUCAUUUCCAGGAUUUGUUUGUCUGCUUGGAUUUAUUUGAACUUAAUGAAAUCAAUAUGUUUAAUCCUAUACUACAUACUGUAUGUUUUUUAUCGGACUCGAUAAUAACACUCAGCCCUCCUCUGUGAAUGUGACUAUUGAUUGACGGUGAAGAGGAAGCCCCUGCCUUCACUUGGCAGUGAAGAGGUCGGUUCAACUGCUGUUACAUGUCUGCACACAGGCUCAGGGGCCUGACAACUCUGUAUCCUUCCCCAGCAAUAAAAGGUCAUUUGAGAG